UUGAACAGUGUGUUAAUGAGUAGGCAUUUCUGUGACUAUAGUCCAAAUAAAACCGCUGCACGACCGUUACUGUUGACAUUAUGUGAGUGUUGUGGUUAAAAUGUAGUGUAAGAACGUCUGAAAAAGUAUCGGUAGUGGUCUCAGAGUGAGCAGCCAGCCCUGCCCACACUUCCCCUCCGAGCCCCGGCUCUCAGAGGACAGACAGCCGCCCCCAUGUUGGAGGGCGGUCGUCUGGAGCUGGUUACCCCUCUUCCUCAGCCUUAUAUGAACACUCUGUGCCUCACUCCAGCCAUUCUCUGGCAUCCUUCAGCGGAGCUACAGCCUCUUCUGGACACUCUAACCAAAGGAACAUGGCGACAGAAGACUUAGAAAUGAACGGCCGUGCUGACAGAAACGGCGACGCUGAGGUCCCACUGCGGCCAGGCAGGAGGAUGAGAGAAAAACCCCUGAACAUGAACAGUUAUGCCAAUAAGAAGAGCGUGGCAGAAAGCAUGCUGGACGUGGCUCUGCUAAUGGCCAAUGCCUCCCAGCUGAAAGCGGUGUUAGCGCAGGGAUCAUCAUUCCCCUUCUAUGUGCCCCUCGUUAUUCUCAUCAGCAUCUCUCUCAUCCUACAAAUCCUGGUGGGAGUUAUGCUCAUCUUUAUCUUGAAGUGGAAUCUAAAUGAUGAGAAAAUGCACUACAAGCUAGACAUCCUGGAGAAUUUCACCACAGCCUUCGUCUUCAUCAUAGUCGUAGUCAACGUUUUCAUCACAGCCUUUGGUGUCCAGAUGUCUUAAUACAAGUUCUGAUCAUUCCUAUGUUUGGUGCCUGCUGAUCAACUUUUCAAAGACGGACGACCAAACUACCCUCCGCAGAAGGAAAGGACAUUUGUUAAGGAAACUAGACGGCAUGCGGGUGCAUUUGCCUUUCUGAAAUUCAACCUCUCAAGCUAGAAGAGAACCAAGGAUAAAGUUAUGUUAUGUGUGUCUGUUGGACCUGUUCCCUGACUCCAACCAUGGACAACUUAUGGUGGUCAGUUCUUAUUUCAUCUAAAAAUGCACCACUUGGUUACCUCCUAUCAUGCUCAGGUUACUGAUGCAAAUAACUGAUUGCCUUUACUUAUUAAACUAACAUCAGGAGCAAUAUACUGUAUGUCUGCCAAAAACAUUGUGAAAAAAAAAUACUUUUGGCUCUUACUUUGAAGCUUUUACAUAUGCUAUUGUGCCUGCAUUUUGUUUAGAACAAAAGAAAAAAGCAUAACCACCACAGUAUAAUCCAAAUGAAGUUCUUGACAAUGAGUGCAUCAGGAUUCAUCUUCCCCUACUGCUGCACGAGGUAUUAUGUAUAUUAGCUUUAUAUGUGGGGAAAAUGUAAUAUUCACAGUGUUUUAGACCUCCAUUGAAUGAUGAAGUGGACCAUACCGUUGUUUUUUUAAAAGUGCUAUAGAGUCUAAUGUGUAAUAUUUAAACGAUCACUUAUCAGUAAAUGUCUGUAAGUCUUGUGGAUUGAAUUAUCUAUAGUGUAUGUAGUUACUUUUAGACCAAAAACGUUCUAUACAUAUAUAUAAUCUUGUACUGGACACCUUGACGAGUAUUUUACAUGAAGUUUCUUAUUAAAAUUUAAAAAAGUGACAAAAUG